AUGAAGCACCAUCACGAGCUCCUCAUCCAACGCUUGGACCGCCAAGACCUGCUUCUGAGUCAGUCAACGAUGGAGCCAUCCAUGGUGACUCCUUCCGUGGUGGAAACACCUCCGGUGCUAAGUCCGAAGUCCUUCGAUGCAUUGAAUGCAGCCGCAUCUGCGGCACUGUCUGCUACAGCAGCAUCACGGGGACACAAGGACGCUGUGCAGGUAACUCUGCGCUCCUACACCGAGGAGGACACGCAGCUCCGAAGUGACGCUGACUACAUCGACUCCGUGACGAUUCGAAGGCGAUUUUCUGACCAGCAGAAGACCACUGAGCAUUGCUCCCAUACCAGGCGGCUCGAGGGUGUGAAGGCUCCAUUGUCAACCCGGAUCGUUCACCACCCGGCCUUCGAUAUCUUCUUCGCGGUCAUCGUCCUUGCCAAUGCCAUCUACAUCGGCUUUGAUAUCCAGUGGGUUCUAGACGGUGGAGGGGCCAGGCCUGUGAGCUACACAGUUUGCCACUACACGUUUUCAGUGUUUUUCCUGGCUGAACUCAUCCUGCGACUCGCUGCCAGCCGCUGCCGCUACUACUGCUCGGACGAUUGGGGGUGGGCGCUCCUGGAUACACUCAUCGUGGCAACGUCCUGGUGGGACAUCUUCGUUGAGGUGGCAGAGGCCCUGUUGCAAGAUGAUCGUUGGGACAGCAUCUCCGGACUCUCAACCUUGAAAGCCAUGCGCAUCGUUCGACUGACCCGAGUACUGAAGACGGCGCACUUCAUUCGCAUCUUUCGGUUCAUCAUGGCCUUACGGAUGCUGGUGCAGUCGAUCCUACACACCGUGAAAGCUCUGUUUUGGGCCUUGCUCCUCUUGGGCCUGAUUGUCUACGUCUUCGCCAUACUUUUUUCGCAGGCAGUUUACGAUUACGUCAGCGACCCGGCAAAUCCAGCUUUGCCAGAAGAGGCACAGGAAGCAGCUGUGCGAUACUUCGGCACCCUCAUCAGAAGCAUGAUCGCCUUGUUCAUGAGCAUCACUGGCGGGGUGAGUUGGGAGGAGGUCAUCGACCCCCUGAUGUACGUCUCAGGCUUUUGGGAAGGUUGCUUUCUCUUCUUCAUUGCCUUCUCAUAUCUGGCCGUCUUGAACGUGGUUACAGCGGUCUUCUGCCAGUCAGCCAUCGAGUCGGCGCAGGGCGAUCAUGCGACGGUGGUGCAGAACCUGCUGGACAACAAGGAGCAGCACCUCGACAAGCUGAGAACGCUGUUUGAGCAGAUCGGGGAGCAAAGUGCUGGGGGGAUCACGUUCCGAACGUUCGAGGACAAGAUCAGAUCACCAGCAGUCCGCCAAUAUUUCGAGACUCUGGGCUUAGAUGUCUGGGACCCGUGGGCUUUCUUCAAGCUCUUGGAUGCCGACGCAGGCGGUGUGGUAGAACUGGAAGAGUUCUUCAUGGGCUGCCUCCGCUUCAGCGGCGAAGCCACAGCCAUGGAGGUGGGCCAGCUGGCUGCUGAUCAGAGGUGGCUGAUCCGAAGCCAGGGACGAUUUCAGAAAUUGAUGGAAAACGAGCUCUCGAAGAUGAGGGAGAACUUUGCAAGCUUGGCGAACGCAUUUUGCAGUCUCACGGGUGGCGUCUGCUCUAAUGAGCUGUAG